GGGAGGUUGGACAGCCCGGGCCCCCAGUGCCAGCCCAAUAGACUGAUGAGUUAUUGUCAUGUAAAAAAGCGCUAGCAAUAAGACCAAACGCUUUGCUAUUGUCCAAGCGGAAAGAGCCAAGUUUAUUAUGAGGACUAUAUGCUCUAGAGACCUCGGGCUAGGCGGCUCUUAGGGGGCUUUUCAUAAAACAGGGCUAGGUUCCUAUAAAGGAGGCCAGUUUUGGAGCAGGCGCUGAGCAGUGAACAUCUACCCACCGUCCAGCCUCUUUCCAACCAGUUCAAACCAAACAAGUCCUCUCUGCCCCCCAGUUCAGACCGCGCGUCCUCCUCUUUUUUGGUUUUGAUUAUUUUUUUUUUAACUUUCUAACCCAAUUUUUUGGGUGCACUUUUUAUUUGUCAUCUUUUUUUUCCCGGGAAGUGCAGCUUUCUAACUCCACCGAGCCUUCUCAAAUGUAUAAAAUGGAGUAUUCUUACCUAAAUUCCUCUGCCUACGAGUCAUGUAUGGCCGGGAUGGACACUUCGAGCUUGGCAUCGGCCUAUGCGGACUUCAGUUCGUGCAGUCAAGCCAGCGGGUUUCAGUACAAUCCCAUCAGGACCACUUUCGGGGCCACCUCCGGCUGUCCGUCCCUCACGCCGGGCUCCUGCAGCCUGGGGACCCUGCGGGACCACCAGAGCAGCCCGUACGCCGCAGGUAAGCAGCGGCUCCGGAGCCUCAACCCGCUGUAUUAUAGGACGUCUUGAUUGCAUUUGAAAAUGGAAAUGUGUUUAGUAUUUACCAAACGAAAUUUGCUUACACAAAUGAAAGAAUUUAUCACGUUAGAAGCGAUUGCAGGCAAGCGGUAAUUCGGUUACGGGGUUAUACUAUCCCAGUCACACCCAAAACCGCCAACAGAAUUAUCUUAAGCUGCCAAAAUGAUCGGCAUAAUUUAUUUACUUUGCGAUGAGACAUAAAGCUUCGAAAAUAAUUAGAUAACCAAAGACUAAAGCUCAUUAUUGACACCGAAUUGGAGUUACAGUAGCAACACACGGGGCGGAUGGGAACAUUAUGACAAGUUUUCAAACUUGAGCCUCAAUCUGAGGAGCAACAAUUAGUUUAACAUUACAAUUAACCGCAUCACAGGUCAGCAGCGUUAUCAAUUCUGAAGUAAUUCGCAGGUAAUCAGAGGCUUAAUACGAUUGAAAGCUUUAGCCCAGCAUCCUUAACCGGAUUUUACACAAAAUAUCGAAUUUGACUUCCCUUCUAUCUGACAACAUCACAAUUACACACACAGACACACACACUCAUAUCUCCCCCUGCACAGAUGAGACCACCGCACCUCUAACGGUGCCUCUCUUUUUUUUCUAUUUUAUUUCCUCCACAGUUCCCUACAAACUCUUCACGGAUCACGGAGGACUGAACGAGAAGAGGAAGCAGAGGCGCAUCCGGACCACGUUCACCAGCGCCCAGCUUAAGGAGCUCGAGCGGGUUUUUGCUGAAACUCACUACCCGGAUAUCUACACCAGAGAGGAGCUGGCACUCAAAAUCGAUCUGACCGAAGCCAGAGUGCAGGUACACAGACAACCUGCUCCAUUACGCACGAUCGGAUUCAUGAUCCAAAUAAAAAAGACAUAUAUUUUAUAUACAUAUUUGUGACAUAUAGAGUCUUACAUAUAGAUUUAAAGAAAAUAAAACUUUAUGGUGAUGAUCCACGGGCCUACUACUGCUGGCACUAUUUCCUAUCUUAAUGCGUAAAGAGAUGAAAUGAUAAAUUCAUUUCAAACUGGAACUGUGCAAACAUACCUUUUGGUCACAUUUUUGUGUAACCACGGGAGACAGUUAGUUGAAGUCAAGCAGGAGUCAUUGUUGGUGCAAAACAAGCAUUCAUGGUGGUUUAACUUUGGAUCUUAACACCCUUUCUCGCUUUUUCAGGUGUGGUUCCAAAACCGACGUGCCAAGUUCCGCAAGCAGGAGCGCGCAGCUGCAGCAGCCGCAGCAGCAGCCAAAUCCAGUUCUGGAAAGAAGUCAGACUCCAGAGAUGAAGACAGCAAAGACACCAAAUCGACCGACCCUGACAGCACAGGAGGACCGGGCCCGAACCCCGUCCCCACCUCCAACUGCGGCGGACCGAGCCCCACCGGAGGCCAAGUCAACACCACCGGGAACGGACAGGUGGACCAGGUGAAGACCUCAGUGUCCACCGGUAUGGGCGUGACAGCACCGAGCCAAGGCUGGGCCACCGCCCCGGGGACCAUCACCUCUAUCCCGGACUCAUUGGGCGGGCCGUUCGCCAGCGUACUGUCCUCUUUGCAAAGACAGAACGGAGCCAAAGCGACGUUAGUAAAGACCAGCAUGUUCUAAUGCAGCUCCACGGCGGAGGAAGACAGAGAGCAGAGAGCAGAGGGAGAGAGAAAAAGGCUUCCUCAUCCUCCGGAGACUGAAAAGCAAUUUCCCGAGACAGACUAAAGGACAAUAAACCGCAGUUAAAAGAAGAUGAUGAUGAUAACUCUCUUAGUUUAUUUUUAUGCCUUGCGCCGUUUCUUGUGGUCAGUGGACACUUUAGCUGUGAAAAGAUCCACCUUGACAAGUCAUCAGGUACUUUUUUUCUCUUUAAGCAAGAGCAAAUCUCAUCUACACGGAGGUAUGAUGUUAAUGACACUUUCAUUGAUGCGUAAAUCCAGAUCAGAACAGAUCCAACCUAGAAUCAGAAAAUUAAACUCUUGCUUUGAGAAAUAAAACGACACAUUUAAUCUGAGGAAGUGACUUGUUAAGAUGGACUCUUUUUGCACCAAGUUUCAGAGCAAACAUACGCCUGCGCACUGGAAACGCGUCGUGCCAUCAGUGCGUAAAAAAGGAGCCUCGUUAAGUCCCAUUCAAUGUCAGAGUUCAACAGCUGCUUUGUCCGGCAGAGAGACGAUUAAAACCCACGAGUGAGGACUGUCUCUCUCAAACCCCACGCUGUGACACAACAAACUAUCCCACGCCACGCCACGCAGACGCAUCCCGCUUUUCUGUUCUCUGUAGACACGAUCUGCCUCUUCACGGCUGUGUUUUUGUUUCCAGGGCUGCUGAGAGUUUAGUUUCUUUAAAUUAUCGAUAUAAAAACACAAUUAUUUCCUCGAAGAAAAAAAAAGGCACAAACUACUGCAAUGUUCACCUCUGACAGGAAAUCUGUAUGUUUUGUGUGUCUUUCUACGGCAGUGUUUUUGUGGCUCAAAUUGUAUAGUGUUAAUACGUAUCCUCGUCUCCUAUAGUUGAACCAUAGGCCAUACUCCCUCGUAGAUCGAUCAUACAAGUCUUUUCGAUGUUUUACAAAGUUCCCUCGGAAGAAUUUAUUUUGGUAAAAAAGGGAAUGGAUGCAAACAUUGUAUUUAUUUGGAUAUAAUUUGCAUGUUGUCUCUUUGUCUGAUUUUCAAAUGAUUUCUCUUCCAUUUUGUGAGCAUUAUGUAACAUGUUUUUGUCCCGGAUCUGAAAGUUAUUUAUAUGUAGGUAAUGAAUGCUUAUAUUUAAGACGGAAAUAUUUCUACAUGUGCACAUAGUUUUCCAGGUGUACCAUUGAAAUGGUUGUUGAUGAUAAAAAAGAAAUAAUAGUCCAA